GCAUUGGCUGGUGUCAGUGCUGCUUCACACAAUGCUUCUUCCUCAUUAAAACACCGGACAUAUGAGCACAAGGAACUUGACAAAUGCGACCUCCGUCACUCAGUAACAAUACAACUUCCCCUUAAAGGACGUAACUUAUAAAAAGGAGACGUGCUUGUAAUGUUCCGAAUAGUGAUGUUGUAAAAAAAAAAACGUCUGGACGUCGCCACCAAACUUCGAGAAAGCCUCAUUAAUCUGUCAGCAAUACAUUUUAUUAUUUAAUCGGCUAUGGAUCCACCUGAAAGUUCAGUGAACCGCAUUGGUCGCACUAUUUGGACGGUUUGGGGUUAUCUGUCCGGGGCUGUUGCAAGAUAUCUCAGACCGGAAGUCACCGAUGAAGGAAACCAAGGUGUUCGUACCAGAACCGACGAUACUGAUUUGAAAAGUGCAGUAAACAAGAUUAAUAGAGAAGUAACGGAAGAUAAUAGCAACAAUGAAGGGAAGAAAACAAAUCAAAUUGACAGUGCAGAUGUAAAGUGUUCCCCAUCUAACGUCAGAGUGCAAGUGGCUUCUGUACAGUGGGAAAACACUGAUGUGGCCAAGGACGACAAUAAUGAUGAACUUCAUGUUCACGCCACAAAAAAACAAACUUACCAUUGUGUAGUGUGGUCCACUGGGACUGAUACAGACAAUGAAAGACGCAUGGUUGAUGCACAAGUUGACAAAGAAACAGAUUCAUCCGAUGAGGUUCAGGCUGAAAAAGCAUAUGCAAACAAUGAGUGUAAGGAGAGUGCAACUGAACACGAGCUGGAGGAAACUGGAAAGAUUGAACAAAAAUAUGGGGACAAUGAAGAUGAAGAAGAGCGUGAUCAGAAUCAUGAGGUUGAAAAGUGUGCAAAAAAUAGAAAAGAUGAAUGUAAGACAGACGUAAUGGUUCAAUUGGAGCAAGAUGUAGAACGGGGAAAGCAGAUAAACACGGUAGACCACGGAGAGACAGAACAUGCAGAUGAACAGCUUAUUGAAGAAAAGGAGAACAAUUUAGACCAGAAGGAUCAGGACAAAACUGAGAAUGAUGAAGAACAAGAACUUGAAUCACAAGUUCAAGAUCUGCGGCAGAGUGAAGAUCCAGAUAACGCAGACAUUGUGGUCCAAUGUGAUCAAGAUGUAGAACAGGAAAAACAGAUAAACACAGCGGACCAUGAAGAUACAGAAGGCAUUGCAGGUUUUAAACAUGCAGAUGAACAUCUUUUUGAUGAAACUGAGGAACAAAUUGUUGACCAGAAGGAUCAGGAGAAAACUGAGAAUGAUGAAGAACAAGAAACUGAAUCACAAGUGCAAGAAUUGCUACAUUUAACAAAAUAUUCUGAUGAAAUUUCUGACGUCUAUAAAAACGAUGUUGAGGAGAUGAUGUCUGAAACUAGAAGUGAGACUGAGCAGGAUAAGGAGAAUGAAACGGUACAGAACUUGGAAGAAAUUGGGCAGCUUGAACAAAAUGAUGGUGACAGUGAAGAUGAAGAAGAAUGUGAUCAGAAUCCUGAGGAUGAAGAAUGUGCAAUGGAAAGUGAAGAUCUGGAUAACGCAGACGUAAUGGUCCAAUCUGAGCUUCAUGGAGAAGAUGUAAAACAACAAAUGCAGAUAAUCAUGAUGGAUCAUGGAGAGACAGGAGGCUUUGGAGGUUUUAAACAUUCAGAUGAUCAUCAUAUUGAUGAAAAGGAGAAACAAACUGUUGACCAGAUGGACCAGGAGAAAACUGAGAAUGAUGAAGAACAAGGAACUGAAUCACAAGUUCAAGAUCUGCGGAAGAGUGAAGAUCCAGAUAACACAAACAUAGUGGUCCAAUGUGAGCAAGAUGUAGAACAGGAAAAACAGAUAAACAAUGAGUGUAAGGAGAGUGCAACUGCACACGAGCUGGAAGAAACUGGAAAGAUUGAACAAAAAUAUGGGGACAAUGAAGAUGAAGAAGAGCGUGAUCAGAAUCAUGAGGUUGAAAAGUGUGCAAGAAAUAGAAAAGAUGAAUGUAAGACAGACGUAAUGGUUCAAUUGGAGCAAGAUGUAGAACGGGGAAAGCAGAUAAACACGGUAGACCACGGAGAGACAGAACAUGCAGAUGAACAGCUUAUUGAAGAAAAGGAGAACAAUUUAGACCAGAAGGAUCAGGACAAAACUGAGAAUGAUGAAGAACAUGGACUUGAAUCACAAGUUCAAGAUCUUCGGCAGAGUGAAGAUCCAGAUAACACAGACAUUGUUGUCCAAUGUGAGCAAGAUGUAGAACAGGAAAAGCAGAUAAAAGUGGACCAUGAAGAUACAGAAGGCAUUGCAGGUUUUAAACAUGCAGAUGAACAUCUUUUUGAUGAAACUGAGGAACAAAUUGUUGACCAGAAGGAUCAGGAGAAAACUGAGAAUGAUGAAGAACAAGGAACGGAAUCACAAGUGCAAGAUAUGCUUCCACAGCUGGAAUAUUUAACAAAAUAUUCUGAUGAACUUGCUUACAACUCUAAAAACGAUGUUGAGGAGAUGAUGUCUGAAACUAGAAGUGAGACUGAGCAGGAUAAGGAGAAUGAAACGGUACAGAACUUGGAAGAAAUUGGGCAGCUUGAACAAAAUUAUGGUGACAGUGAAGAUGAAGAAGAAUGUGAUCAGAAUCCUGAGGAUGAAGAGUGUGCAAUGGAAAGUGAAGAUCUGGAUGACGCUGACGUAAUGGUCCAAUCUGAGCUUCAUGGAGAAGAUGUAGAACAAGAAAUGCAGAUAAGCAUGAUGGACUAUGCGGAGAAAGAAGGCAUUGGAGGUUUUAAACAUUCAGAUGAUGAUCAUAUUGAUGAAAAGGAGAAACAAACUGUUGACCAGAUGGACCAGGAGAAAACUGAGAAUGAUGAAGAACAAGGAACUGAAUCACAAGUUCAAGAUGUGCUGCCACAGCAGGACUAUUUUCCAGACGAAGCCGAUGGCCUUGCAAAGCCUGAAAGGCUGAAAGUAAUGGAGAAAUAUUCUGAUGAAAUUGAUGAAUUCUCUAAAGAAGGGGUUGAGGAGGUGCUGCUUAAAACUGAGCAUGAUGAAGACACCACAGAAAUUGAACAAGACACGAUUAAAUGUGAAGUAAUGGAGUCAGUAGAAACCCUGCAGACAGUUUCUGAAGAACUAUCUGCAAAGAAAGUACCAAAUGUUGAACUGAAAAUGACCACAUUAGUGGAUGAGUUUUUAGAAACUGUUAAUAAUCCGAAGCUGUCGGAUUCAAAACUGGAUACUUCAGAAAAUACUCCAGAAAUGGGAACUGGGUCAUCUGUGGUGGCCAUGAAACCUGAAGGCAUGAUUUCAGAUCGAAUUGUUUGCGAGUUCCCAGGAGAAUUAAGGAAAGGGCCAGAGACUGAUUUGGGAUGUUUUGAGGAGGUCCAAACUACUCUACAUGAUCUCCAAACUCUUACAGAGGAGCAAGCAGAAAGGGAAGCUGUGGUCGUAUGCUCUGUUGAGCACUUGGAAACCAUGAGAACAUUUGAGACAAAAAAAGACAUUGAAACCUUAAUUGAAUCCUUAGGUUCAACAGAAAGUCAUGCACAUCAAGAAACAGACAAAACCACAUUCUCACACAAAGAACAUGUUGAACUAAGAACUGAACUGACUGAAGAAACAAUUGAUACAAAGAUCAGUUCAGAAGUUGAGGAAGCAGAACCCACAAUGAAAGAAGAUCAAUCAUCAGUGAUCAGAAAUGUCUUUUUACAGUCACAUGAGCUUCUUGAGUUCAAAGGUGAAUGCAAAUCAUCUUUUGGAACAAUGGACACAUUCAAUGAAUCAAGUGUGUCUGAAAUCGCUGGAACCGCAGAGAUUAAACAUCUCGCAGAGGAGCAAACAGAUGUGAAACCUGUAUUAACACGGUCUUUGAGUCCAGCAGAGUUUCUGGAGGAAACUGUUCAUCUGAAAGGAGUAUCAGAGCGAUGCACAGAAGAGCAGGAGAUCCUGGAGGCCGCUUUAGAGUAUGUAGAAGGAAUAACAAAUCAAGUCUUGAAGGAUAUGUUAGAAAGACAAGUGAACGUAGUACAAGAAACAGAACCUUUGGCAAGACCUUCAACAGAAGAACAUGGUGAUGCAGAAAAUAAAGGACCUGCACAAUGUGUAUCAGCUGAUGCCUUUGUCCUGGAAGAAGAAGGGAAGUCAUUGGGUGAGACGAUUGAGACUAAAGAGGAAAUGGAGGUGGAAACCACAAGUAAUGAAGUUCUUAAACAAGCAGAGUGUGAAACCACUGAAACUGAUGGACGUCGUGAUCAGACACAGAAGGUCAUUGCUGGAGAAACAGUGUUGAGAAGUCAUGAAGACGUAAUGGAAGUCAGCAGACCUGGGAUGAAAAGAGGAUUUGAUCAAGUGAGCAAAGACCUUGCAGAGGUGAAGGCAAAAGGAAAAUUUGAUUUGUAUCUACAGGCAUUUGAGGAAUCAUCUUUGGACUUUACCAUUCAGAAGGCUCGAAUUGCUGUGAAGAAUCCCCUAGUUCGGCCUCCCAAAGACCCCAGAAGUCUCCUCUUCAAGGUCUCGGUCGAACCUCUCGUCUCACAGCGGUCACCACGUGGUCAGAAGAUCGAAGUCUCUGUUCCAAGUAAAGGGGUGACUGGAUUUAAACUUCCAGGACUGGGUGCAGGGCUGCCAGUACUGAGAAAAACUGAGUUUGGGAAGAAAGCAAGAGAAGGAGGAGCAGCAGAGAGAACACUACAAACACAGCAAGAGCCAGUUGCAGUAACAGAGGAUUCUGUCAAACAAGAGCAAGUGCCAGCUAAACCCAAAUGGACACCACCAAGGCAUCCUGGUAUGGGGAGUCCCUUCAUGAUGGCAGAACUCAAAAACAAACUCAAAAAGCCUGUUCAGGAGUAAUAUAUUUCAUUUCAUCAUCAUUUUUAGAUGCAUUCUUCACCUGUUUUAUUUGUCUUAUUUAAGCACUAUGUAGCCUGGCAGAUAUUAUGGAAAGUUAUUCUACUGUUAUUAUUGCUGCCACACAACAUUUUAUUUUACUUUCGCUAUUUUGUUUGCUUCUAUCUAAGAAUCCAAGCUGCGAACAACAUUUCUAAUGCACUUUUCUUAAGACUGAGUAUUUAUUUAUAUUUGAAAAAAAAAAUGAGGAAAAUUAUUACAUGCUAUAUAUAAAAAAAAAUUGCACUUUUUUGCAGCACUUAAACUUUCUGACUGUAGUUCAAACUGUCAUAGCCAUUGUUUAUCACUAGGAGGCAGCAGAGAAACACAGCUGGUCACGUAUGUCUUUUAGCCACUAGAGGGCAGAGGAGAGUCACUGGCUGUCAUACCACAUUUAGUUCUAUUUUAUCACUAUUAGUUAUUGUUAUAUUGUAUGUUUCUUUUUCUUGUCAUUACUUUCUAUGUGUAUAAUUAUUUUGCAAUAUUGGAUGUAAACAUGUAUGGAUGUAAACAUCAUGGCAAUAAAGUACUUUGAAUUGAAUAUAUCACUUCG